GUCCCACAGAUGUCGUGGCGUUCCUCCUUCCGCUGCUCGAAGUUUCGUCACGUCUUCGGUAAGCCGGCCACCAAAGAGCACAGCUAUGACGGGGUGCCAAUCACACGCAGUGUCCAUGACAACCACUACUGCUCAGCCAACCCCUGCUUCAUCGCCGUGGUGACCGAGUGCGCGGGGGGCGGGUCCUUUUUGGUGCUGCCCAUCCAUCAUACAGGCAGAGUUGACCCUCAGCACCCGAGGGUCUGCGGUCACAGGAGCAGAGUCCUGGACGUCAAGUGGAACCCGUUUGACGAUCACUGCAUCGCUUCGUGCUCAGAGGACUGCACUGUAAAGAUCUGGGACAUCCCGGUCUGUGGCGUCCAACAGAACCUCACCCAGGCCAGGAAGACUCUGAUUGGUCACUCCAGGAGAGUGGCGCUUAUUGAGUGGCAUCCCACAGCUGAGAAUCUGCUGCUUAGCUCCGCCUAUGACUACAAGGUGCUCCUGUGGGAUGUUUCUCAGGAAGGUGCAGUGCUCAGGUACCCAGUCCGCAUGGUUUUGAUGCCAAUCCACCACCGUUGCCCAUCUGAGAUGCUUCAGCUGUCUGUGAGCUUCAACAGCGAUGGAAGCAGGCUGGCAAUCACAUCCAAAGACAGACGGGUUCGAGUCCUGGACCCACGGACAGGAAAGAUUUUACAGGUGUCCAGCAGUAAGUCCCACAGGGCCAGUAAAGUUGUAUACAUUGGAGGGUUGAAGAUGCUGCUGUCCACUGGCAGCUCGCCCUGGAACCACAGACAGAUUGUUCUUUGGGACCCAGACGACUUAUCUGAGCCUCUGUAUGAAGAAGAUUUGGACGGGUCUGCAGGAGUUCUCUUCCCGUUCUACGACCCAGACACACACAUGCUCUACCUGGCUGGAAAGGGUGAUGGGAACAUCAGGUACUAUGAGCUGAGUGCUGAGAAACCUUACAUCAGCUUCCUAACAGAGUACAGAUCACUGCUGCCACAGAAAGGACUGGGAGUGAUGCCAAAGCGUGGUCUGGAUGUGAGCGCAUGUGAGGUUUUCCGAUUUUAUCGUCUGAUUGCUGUCAAAGACCUCGUGGAACCACUGUCAAUGAUUGUACCACGAAAAGAGUCAGGUAUUUUCCAAGAGGAUCUGUACCCAAUGACAGCAGGAAACCAGGCAGCCAUGACAGCUCAGGAGUGGCUGUCAGGGAUUAACAGAAGCCCAGUGCUGAUGUCUUUGAAGCCUGGGACUCGAGUAGCCAACCCUUACCCAGAAACCCCUGCUGACAAGGGGCUAGUGAGGCAGCUGAGCUGGUUCCAGAUGGGCCCGGCCGCCUUCAUCAAAGAGCAACUGGCCUACCAGGACGCCAAAUACCCAAAGGAGGUGAGUGAUCUGUCGGGGUGGCAGCCAGAUGAGACACAGACCCCGCUGUGGAUGUACUGCUGCACACCGCACUGCUGCGAACCUGCAGAGAAACCGCCACCUACCACUGAAAGCGAGCUCCUUCAAGCAUUUUAUAGACAGCAAGACGAGAUUAGAGGCCUGAGAGAACAACUUCAUCAAAAAGAUGAGAGGAUCGCUCAGCUGGAUCUGGAGAUCAAAAACACCAGAAACAACAUGAGGGCAACGUUCUGA